AGGUAUAGUAGGCGAGCAGAGCUCUAUGACCCCCUCACGGAAUUUGUUAAAAAUUUACGAGUGUCAUCUGUUUGCUUAUAAAAUAUUAUAUUUUGCAUAAGCGUUGUGUUGAAUUGCGUAGAUUCGAUGCUCGACAAUGUUUCCUGCUAGUGGUGGCGCUUCCUUUAAAACAUUCUCAGCUAAAGUAAUAAGAUUUGCACGCCAUGGCUGCACAAACCGUCCGUUUUUCCACAUAGUUGUAAUGGAAAGGCGGAAAGAACAGUUUGAUCACGUGAUCGAGCAAGUUGGUUCGUUCGAUCCUUUACCAAAUCAGUACAAUGAGAAACUGGUGUCUCUCAAUUUUGAAAGAAUACGCUUUUGGCUUGGCAAAGGUGCUACAGCAUCUAGGCCAGUUGCUGAGGUCUUAGGUUUGGCAGGCUUCUACCCAAUCCACCCACGGACCUACAUGACGGCGUGGAGGAACCGUGUGGCUGCAGCCACCGCCGCGGCACAGGCAGACAGCAGCGCCACUGCUGUGGCAGCAGAGAACUAGAUAGUGGAACCGGACUGUGCAUCGUAGCAGCAGUGAUCCAACACAAGCAAUUAAUUGCUUGAAAACUGUUUAUCUUUUUUGGCAUGUUGACAACUAAUAAUAACUUAAUAAAGUUUGUCUCUCUUUCCAGAAUACAGAAUAAACAUUAAAAUGGUUA